AGUGUGGUGAAGCAAACAUCACGUGGAAGUGAAGGACCAUGUUUGACUGCAUAAUUAACGAGUCACAGAACAGAACAUAACCGCAAAGUGCCAGCUUCGAUUCAAUGCAACUGUUUGAACUCUGAAUAUCUGUAGAUUGUACUGUAGUGUGCCAAAUGAAACCAGAAUGGUGACCUGUGCCGUGAAAGGAGGCUGCCCCAGUGACUACAUAGCCAUUGCCCUAUCCAUUCUUUCCAUCACUGUGCUUCUCUUAUGGUCAAUUUUUCCCUUCCUAGUUCACAAGGUUCCUCGUACCAAAGGCAGUGGCUUUUGGUUACCUGUAAUUCAAGUUGUUGCCAGCUUCAACCUUCUUCUAUCAAUUGUGAUGUCAAAUAAUUUCUUGAAAAUGGGAAAGAGACAUUGGUUGCGGUCAUGCUACCUAUGGGGAGUCUGGGUUGAAGGUCCACUAGGGUUUGGUUUGCUGUUGAGCUGUCGCAUAACACAAGCUUCACAAUUAUAUUUUAUCUUUGUCAAGAGGCGCUUACCAUUGAUAAGAUCAUAUAUUUUUCUUCCACUUAUUCUACUUCCCUGGAUUGCUGCUGGUGGUGUUAUCCAUUCAAUGAAGCCUCUAAGCAGUCGCUGUCACAUGAAAGCUCAAUGGACCAUCCCAGUUGUAUGCCUCCAUUCAUUGUAUAUUGCCAUUUUGGUUGGGGUUACAGCUGCAGUUCAUCACAUAGAGUUCAGGUUUGAUGAACUCAAAGACCUCUGGCGGGGAAUACUUGUAUCAGUUGUGUCCAUUGCUGUGUGGGUUACUGCUUACAUACUAAAUGAAAUUUAUGACAAUAUCUCAUGGAUUGAAGUUGCCUCCAGAUUUCUGCUUUUAGUUGUGGCUAGCAUACUUGUGGUGGCUUUCUUUUCAAUAUCAAGUUCACAACCACUUCUCUCACAAAUCAGCUUGAGGAGAAGAGAAUCCAGAGAAUUUCGCACAAUGAGUCAGGCUCUGGGCAUACCUGAUAGUGGGGUACUAGCAGAAAGUGAACCCAUUUCAAGGAUAGAUCCUAAUGAACCAUUGGAUAAGCUUCUCCUGAAUAAGAGAUUCCGGCAGUCUUUUAUGGCGUUUGCUGAUAGUUGCUUGGCUGGGGAGAGUGUGCACUUCUUUGAUGAAGUAUAUGAGCUUAGUAAAAUACCUGAAGAUGACUGUGUUAAAAGGAUCUACAUGGCACGACAUAUUAUUGAGAAAUACAUAGUUGCAGGUGCGGCUAUGGAGGUGAACAUCUCUCAUAGAAGCAGACAAGAAAUUUUAUCAACUUCCAACCUCACACGCCCUGAUCUCUUCCAUAAUGCACUUAAUGAGAUCAUUCAGCUGAUGAGAACAAAUCUGGCCCGAGAUUACUGGUCUUCGAUGUUCUUCCUGAAGUUCCAGGAAGACUCCAAUGUAAGAUCUAAUGAGUACGAGCUGGAGCAAAUAACAGGGUGGAACUUUUCUCCAAGGUUGAGUUCUGUGCAUGGUACAGACGAUCCUUUUCACCAGGACCAUCUUCUCAAGAGCUCAGGCUGUAGCAAUGAUACAACUAAUUUAUGACUUGUUAGCACUUAUGCACACAGUUUCUCUGGUUUGGUAAUGCCUUGCCAAACCAGUUUCACUUGAAAAAAUCAAAUUACUGAUAUGCUUUUUUUCCCUACAAAAUAUAUGAUUUAUGUCCGUAGAAGAUGAACAGUAGAGGAGAGUGUGGAGGUAUAAGGAAGAAGUAACAUUAUUUAUUUAUUUUUAUUUUCAAUCCAUAAGACAUAAGUAACAUCUGUACAGAAUCACAGAUUUCAUUUGAACCCUGAAUAGCUUCUGCGGUUAUUUUAAGUCUUCAACCAUGCUUUAGUUCUAGCAUUUUAAGCGUACAAGAUAUCAAAAUGCUGUAUCAUUUAAUUGAAUGCAGCUUACAACCACCUUGA